AUGACCAGUAACCGAGGCCUCGGCAUUGGUCUACACUCAUAUCGCGACAGCCCCAGAUUCGUCUUUUUUUUGGCUGUACGGGACGGGAUAACUGACGGGCCAGUGGAAGCGGAGGUCGCUCAAAGGCUUCCCGGGCUCUGGUUCGGUGGUGGAAAGAGGUGUCAGGACAUGCAUGCGGCCUUCAGCUUGCCGUCUCACAAGGCGGCCACUCGCGGACUCAAAAAGGCGAGGGAAGCGGACGCAAACGCCGCAAUCCAGGAGGCCAUCGCAAUCGACGAAGACGGUAAUACCUCCCUCAAGGACUCACCCCCUACUAACGCCCCCGAACCCGGCCCUACCCCGGUUAUAGCUACCCCACCUCCCCAACCGACUCUAACCCAACCGUCCCCCCGCCCUAGUACCCCUCCUCCGUCCGCAACUAUACCCGCACCGGCCCUAUCUCUCAGCCUGAAGAUAGUAUACGCUAAGGAUAAUAAGGACGCUAAAGAGUAA